GGGCGGGACACGUUUUCUCCAACCAACUUCAGUUAGUCUACUUCACUCCUCUCACACACACAAAAACAAAGACAAAGCAACCACAACCACCACUAUGAAGCUCCAAAUCAGAGUACCAAAGUUUACAAAGAAACCCAAGCCACAAGAGCCACAGAGAUGCUCAUCUGUAGAGGGCAAGUUCUUUAGUGCCAUCCCUCGGUGGGAAAGUGAUGUUUCAGAAUCCUCAACUUCAGAUGAAACAAUGGAUGAUAGCAGGAAAUCUUAUGAUAGCUGGAAAACCUCUGACAAACCUGGAUACCACAAACACGCACCUCUGGUGGCUCAACAAGUACUAGUAGCUCAACAAGAAAUGGGCGUCAAGAUAAUACCAGAGACCCGAGAAGAAGAGCAGCGAAAUCUGAAAAUCGCCAUGGCAAGAGCCAAAGAAUUGCCCAGAACGAGCUAUUUUACCAGCAACCAUGUCAUGGUGAAGAGAAUCCGAGAAAAAAGAAACGUUCCUGCUCUCAGCCGAUCUCCUGAGCUUGAUGAAGUGGCCAGAGGGCAUGCACAGCAAAUGGCCGAAGCAGCAGAGGGUGUUUUCCAUGCAGAUCCAACUGAAAUUGUAUCACAUCUUGGCAAGCCCAGCCGAAGAAUAGGAUGCAAUGUUGCAGUGGGGGAAAGUGUGCAGCAUAUGCAUGCCAAGAUGAUGGAGAAAAGGGGCGACUUCAACAAUCUAAUUGACCGCCGAUACAUGCACUUUGGUAUGGGAACUGCACCAGCGCCGAACGGGGAUCUUUACAUGUGCCAGAUCUACAGGGGAUAACUCUGCCCCAGGAUCUCAAGGCAAGGCGGCAACAUUCAUCCACAUAUUGGGGCGGCUCCAUUCAAUCUAAUACCCGUGGACGACUAACUGUCCGUAUAUACAUCAUUCGUCCUUUAAUGCUUGGUAUGCUAAUUGGCGCUGCAGUGUGGAUCUCACAUCCUUGGCUGAACCGAACAAGCAGCGAGAGUGUACGUACCGGUAGCCAACUAGCUCUCUUCGUUCCGUCUCUACACGGACCGCACCGGAAGCGUACAACUUAAGUGAUCUUUCGUUCUCAAAUCGUUGCUCCUUCAAUUGGCUUGGAAUCCGUUGCUGCGCAAUCUCGUUAGAUGGUUGGAAGAAGUACAACUCGUCGAGUCGUUGCUCGUGGGUUCGUCGGACCCAUCACCGACAGGUUUCGCAACCAAAAUCAUGUGAUUCGCUCCGAGGCCUAGGCUUGCUCAAAGCAAGUUGAUAAAGAGACCAACAUGAAGCUAGCUAGCUAGCCUAGCUACCUGUAGAACGUGUCAUGUACUGUAAUGUAUUUUGCACGUGGACAGGCACAUUUGCUCAAGAUCGAGCCAUGACUGUGUGACUGCUACCUGGUAUCGUAGACUGAAAGAGGUGCUGGUGGUAGGGCGCUUUACAAUUGGACGGCACUUGCAGUGGCGGUAUGACUACCGGUAUUUUAGGCGCACCUCGUUCGUACCGGAACCGUACCUGGACUCGGUACCACCGCACGGCUGCUGAACGUGUAUUCUUGGUUAAUUUCCGCUUGAUUGGCUCUGUUCUCAGCGCUGCAACGACCGUGCUUCGGGAUAGCUAUGCAUAGCUGCAUUCAAAUCCAACAAUGCUUGAUAGUUCUGGCGAUACAGCCUGUAGCCUGGCGAGUUUAUCCCUGCCAUGUGAUUUCCGGUGGGGCUGUGCCAUACCAUACGCGCGUAUUGAACCAUCUUCGAUUGCAAUCAAUGCAAGCGGAAGCUCCUUUUACGGGAACCAAAACAGGAAUAUUUGGCGCGGGAGUCGAGCGCUUCAAACGACUACAAUUUUGUGU